AUGGAAUCCAGGAUGAGACAACGAGGAUCCCAGCGAAUUGUGAGCACUGGGUCUAGUGUCUAUAUCUCUGACGAUUCGACCCUGCUGCAGAAAACCAAGACACGAAUACUGCUCCUCUUUGAGGAACUCCCAGAGUGGGCAAAGGAUAAUGAGUAUAUUCUCUCCGGUUGGAGACCCGAGACAAAUUCCUACUGGGAAUGCUUCAAGAGCAUGGGAUAUAUCCACAACGAAUCAGCAACAUAUACACUCAUUUCUUCGCAACCGUAUGGAUGGUUAUGUUAG